AUGAAGGCAGUACCCAUCAAUGAUGAGACUGAGAUUGAGUGGUCGGAUGAGCGUGCAUACUCAACACAUCCCAAGCGCACAAACAGAGAGAUAGUUGAUACUCUGAAUAAGAUUCGGAACCUUGCUAUCUUCAUCAAUGCAAGCCCACAGCGCCGUGAAGCCUUUUUAGGCCUUCAGACUGAAAAGCCUCAUCUACUCCCUAUUCAGGAUAAGAACGGCAACUCUACGGGCAGCCUCGCGCCUGGCUCGAGCCUUCCACAAAUAACUAUCAAUGUCCUUCCGUCACAGUUAUCACAAUCUGCGGGCUCUUCCUCGGCGCCUCAAGGAGCUCUAAUCUCGGUUGAGGAUGACUUGAAUGAUGUUCCUGGACUUCUUGAGGCAGCAGUGGAAGAGUAUGCCACUUGGCACCUGUCCAGGGUGGGUACCGAGAGCUAUAGGGAACAUAUCAGAAAAGCGCGGGAUAUUGCAUGGGAAAACUGUCUUGAUAUUGCACAAAUCCGCGAGGAAAGCCCCCAUUUCUUUAUUCGCCAGGGAGUGGCGGUAGGUGCGGCACGCAGAUUUGUUGGUCAUACGAGGCUCUGGCUAAAGGGAAGGGAUAAGGAUACUGCUUAA